UCAGAGUCCGUGUGGACAGAAUAGACGACCGUGACCGUGGUUACUACGUACGCGCGCUCUUCUGCAAUUUAUCAUGGCGUCGAGCUCGGACUCCAUGGUGUCGAGCUCGGACUCCAUGGUGUCGAGCUCGGACUCGGAAGAGUCAUCUAGUCUUGUUGUAGAGGAAAUGACCGAGGCCAUAGCCACGCUAAGAAACAAUACCGGAGACGUGUCAGCUGUGACCGACAACGCAGCCAUUCUGAAGACAAAAGUCCUUGAUCCAUGUGAUAAGUAUGCUACGAAAUCUGAAAGGCUGUACCUAGGCGACCAUCUUGCCGACAUCGGUGCGGCACAAGUCCUGACCAGUAACAUCGCGUGGCUGCGAGGGUUGGAGCAUGGUGGGUUCUCGGAAGAUGUCUGGCCCUACAUGUACGUUCUUUACGGCUGCUGCCAUAACUACACGGACUGUAGCAAAAGAUUUGCUGAAGAGCUAGGGAAGUCCAAAAUCAUUCCUGUCUUGAUUCACGAUCUUCAGGAGUUCAAAGACACUUGGACAACAAGUCAGCGCUAUGAGGAUGUAGUCGACAUUUCACUUGGUACUUUGUACAACAUGUCGAGGUACUCAAGCAUCAGGCCGCUCUUCGACGAGAUCAAUACAAUUGAGAGUCUGAUUCCGUUUCUGAAGGCUGAAAACGAAGCGGUUAAGACCAUGGUUACCUUGACACUGGCGUAUGUAAUCGACGAGGAGAAUCUGGGCAUCAUGGCAGACCCCUCAGUCAUCCGUUUCAUCAUUGAGGUGUUUACACAGGCCGUGGAUAAUGAGAAGAAGAGCCACCUUGGAUACAGCGCUGCCGAGCUGGCCAUGGGGGUUGAAAAACUGGCCGUGAACGACACUCUUGAUGACAACAAUAAGCUGACGCUUGUGGCUGAAGGCCUCCUCCCACCUCUGAUCAAGCUGAUGACUGAAGGAGAUGAAGAGGAGCAGCUUCACGCCAUCCGGGCCAUCUCCCAACUCGCCUUCCAUCCAGACAACAAGGAGAAGAUCCUUCAACUCAAGGUCAUCCCAAAGCUGCUGGAGUUCGCACAAAGCCUGGAUACAGAUACAGCAGUGGCCGCUAAAGGGGCUCUGUGGGAGCUGCAGGGUGUUAACGCCCGAAAACAGAAGGUUGAGGAGCCAGGCGCCGGAAAGACUAGUACUGAUGAAACCAAGACAGACAGCCGUGCAGGACAUGUCAUGCUGAGUUACCAAUGGGACAACCAGGAGGUCGUCAAGAAGAUAAAAGCCACACUGGAGGCAACAAGUUACAAGGUAUGGAUGGACAUAGAUCAGAUGGGCGGUUCCACUCUUGAAGCCAUGGCGGAGGCAGUGGAGGGUGCAGCUGUGGUGCUCAUCUGUAUGUCCCGCAAGUACAAGGAGAGCGCCAACUGCAGGAGAGAGUGUCAUUAUGCCGCGACAAGAGGAACAGACAUCAUUCCGCUGAAAAUGGAGAACACUUACCAACCUGACGGCUGGCUGGGAAUAACUAUGGGAGGCCGUCUGUACUUCAACUUUGACGGCAAGGACAGCUUUAAGGACGUGAUGGCGCGGCUCAUGAGGGAAUUAGGUGACAGGGGUAAGGGACAUACUGCUGCAGGUGCAGAGGUGGAUACAGUUGGCUCAAAACUGGAGGGGCUGAAGCUUCCCAGGAUGAGGAAGGAGCCUGAAGGUGCUGUAGUGGUUAAAAAGGGAAAAUCUCCCAGAACCGCAGCACUCACUCCUCGAGUUGAGCCGAUGGUCCGUUCCGACGAGACAAGCGCCAAAGCCGUUUUCCUGUCGUACCAGUGGGACCACCAGGAGAAAGUGCUGCUGCUGCACGAGCGCCUGCAGGAGCGAGGUUACAGCUGCUGGAUAGACAUCAAUGAGAUGGGGGGAGGGGACAAACUGUACAAGAUGAUGGACAAGGGCAUCAGGGGGGCCAAGGUCGUUGUCAGCUGCGUGACGCCCCCAUACACCACAUCCCAGAACUGCCAGGACGAAGUUGCGCUUGCGCACACCUUGAACACUCCCAUCAUCCCCGUGAUGCUGGAGAAGACAACAUGGCCGCCGCCCGGUCCCAUGUCCAUCCCAUUCGUACAGCUCAUCUACAUCAACAUGACUAAAAGUCAGGAUGACGACCCGUGGAAGGGCGCGCUGUUUGAGCAGUUGGUGAAAAUGGUACAUACCUUUGUGAAAAGGUCGAAUGCUAGAUAAACGAUUCAAGCAACGUAGGUAUCGUCAACAUCACCUUGUCCUAUUUCCUCGAAGUAUAACUAUCGGUGGUAUAAUCACAUUGUUUAAUCUAAGGGACAGGUGAGGUUUGGUGAAUCUAAAAUGCACAAAAGAUAUAGAUUGUUUUUGAAAGCUGCUACAUAUCGAUCUAUAAACAAUUCACUAUUUCCACCGUGUCAGUAGCAAUGCUAUAUUUACUAUCAGCGUUUAAGAAAGUAUCAUCAUGAUUGGUAUGAUCCUAGGGUGUUAAAAAUACUUAACGGUUUGCACUUGAAUUGUGUUUGUAAAAUACAUACAUAAUUAGAAAGGCCGACAUUUGCUCGUAGUCAAAAAUGGCCAAAUGGAUCAUUUUUGAAGUGAUCUAUGAAAGAAGUGUUGAUGGUGACUAAUAUGAUUCAAAGAAAUAUCAAAUAUCAUUCAUAGAAUUGGGAUUUGCCUGCACUGUAGAAUAAGGAUACGAUCACAUCAUCAAUAACACACUUACUUUGAUGACUAGAAUAUACCAUAUAUUGCUCGCCUUAUUACAUAUGGCCCAAGAGGUGUGGUUGUUGGUCAAAUGGUCAGAAAGUUUGUAGUCAUCUGUACCGAUCAUCAUACAGGUCAUAGAUAGGCUCAUGAUACAGUUUGUAUUAAGUAACAAAGUUACAAGACUUUGGAAAUAUUAAACACAACUUGAGUUAUAUAUGAUAAUCAAUUAUACCUUAAUCAAUCUAUUAAGUACCUGUAUGCCUCUGUUAAGUAUUCUUUUGUUUCUGUGCUAAAAGCUUGAAUAUUUGCACAAUGAUUCACGCUAGUCUGAAUACACACAGUAUGAAAAGAGCCACUACAAAUAAAUGUUGAGAAUGAGUAGUGUAUACAGCUUAUAUUUCUACAAUAGAAAUACUCUGGUAUAUUUCUGUAUGAAAGUUUAUUUUCGUUCAUACGUAUGGUGUAAAACGUACAUUGAAACAUGUUUAAGAUAGAUUCCUGCGAUCUAAUUAACUAGUGAGCGAAUCUACGUAAUGAUUCUCUACAUGAAGAAAUGAAUGUAAACUCUUCUUUUAUAGUUGGGCUAAGGUUUUGUUCACAAUA